CCCAGCAGGAAACACAAAAUCAACAAGCAUGUCAUCAAGUUCAGAAAGUUCUAUAAAUAGCAUAAGCGUUACAUCUAGUAAAGUGGGUCAAACCACGCUUCAGACUAGUUCUGAUGUUCCAUAUACAGACUCGACACAGUUCCCUAUGCAACAUCCUACUCAAAUGUUGCCUAGCAACCAAAUUCCUAUAGCAACGACUGACCCAGUUUCAGCAACUAGUACUGAAGUUCAAGGUCAAGCCUCACAAUCAAUACAAUCAGGGAAUAUGCAAAGUAGCCUGUCAAGUGUAAGUGAUACAACUCAAAUGGCGCAAGAUUCAAAAUCUUUGAUCCCUACAAAAUCAAGUGUUGACGAAUCACCUGCAGCGGAUAAAAAUGAUUCUGUGCUAGUUUCCUCGGUGGAUGAUAAUUCUAAAAGUUCUUCUGGAGAUAUUAAUACUUCUAAGGAUGGAGUAACAAAUUCUCAAUCGGAUAGUGUUAGUUCUACAGACAUUGUAGCACCCUCAACAAGUAAAGCGGAUAUAUUACCGUCAAAGUCCGAGUCAUCCGUGGUGAUGACUGGAGUGGUUUAUAGUACAAACAAACCGACAACUUUCUCAUCAGCAGCACAAGGAUUAGAUACAAUGUCCCUAAAGACCACAGAGGCUGUUACCCCACCCACUGGUAAACCGAUGGUACCUGAGGCAUCAGGAAAUUCUACUAUACUUGGAGGUGGAUUAUCAGACAAUAUUAUAUACAUUGGUGUUCCACUAUGUGGAUUGGGUAUACUUAUACUCCUGAUUCUGUGCAUAGUUUGUAUACGGAGGAAAAAGUCUAAGGCAAAGGGGUCACCAGCUAAGAAUCGUGUGCAGGACUUAUGGGUAAAUAAUUCUAGACAAGAUAUUCCGCUUACAUCAAGGAACGCGCUUCCUGAACAAAACAGUGGUGAGGCUGCUCUACAAGAUGAUAUAGCAAAGUGGAGAUCAGGUGAAACACAUAAUGGUGUAAGGAAAAGAAAGGGUAAAAACAAGACGCACAUAGUGGACCAGAAAAAUGCUGGUUUGACUGAAACGGAGGAAGGAUGUACAACAUAUGAGGCUGUGUUUGACUAUAAAGGGGAACUGAGCACGCAUUUACAACUGAAACAAGGUGACCUAGUUAGAGUACACAGAAAAGAGGCUGCUGGUUGGUGGAGAGGAACCGCUGGGGACCAGACUGGCUGGUUCCCUAGCAACUAUGUUCAGGCGGCACCACCAGACAAUUUUAAAACAGAGAAUGAGGUUGAGAUGCACGACGACUCGUAUGUUUCAUCCUUCAUGGUGAAGAGGUCAGAAGAGCCCAAUCAGAGACAGUCUUGCCUAUUAAAUGAACUUAAUCAGAGAAAAUCUUAUCUUGUUAAUGAACCCAAUCACAGAAAAUCUGCCCCAACGGAGGAAGAAAUUCAAGCUGAGCCUAUUUACUGCAAGAUACAGCCAAAGGACAAGAGAAAGUCGGGUGUAGACAGGAGCAAUAGCACCACGCCUACAAAGUCAGAUAUAAUAUCCUCGAUUAAAGAUACUUCAUUAGAUGAAGACACACAUUAUGUCGCCCUGUACCCGUUUGUUGCACGUGUAGACACAGAGCUUACUAUAAACAAAGGGGACAUAAUCCUGUGUAAAGAGUGUGGCGAUCAAAAUGGUUGGAUGAGAGGUAUAAAUGACAGUACAAAGCUUGAAGGAUGGGUACCAGCUACAUAUGUUAAAAAGGUUGGUAAAGUUGAAAAAGUUGAGAAACCUAAGUUGGACCUAGAUCCGUCAAGUUACAAGCAGCUAGAAGUGAAUGUGGACAUGGAUGAGCGACAGGAUCUGGUUGGUAUAGUACAUAAAGCUAUACAUACAUUCUCCGCGGAGAAAGCUGGUGACCUGGAGUUUGAUACUGGCGAUCAUAUCACAGUGUUUCAGGUACUAGAAAAUGGCUGGUGGUUAGGAUGUAAAGAUAAAACUGUUGGCUGGUUCCCAGGAACAUUUGUAGAGAUGAUAGACCAACCUUCAGCAAGUCCGUCUCCAUCCCCAGCAAGUUCCAACCAAUCACCCUCACAGAGCCCAGUACCAAGUGAAGACAGUCAGCCAUUGUUGAAUGACGUUCCAAAAAAUCUACAACAAUCGGACGUUAAACCAGCAACUCAGUCAAAACUGAAACCUGUUCGUAAAGCCCCAGCUCCGCCCACACCAAAAUCACCGAAAUCAUCGGAACCUCAUGAAACUGAUACAAAUGUACCUCAAGUUGAAAAGAAACCAGAAUCAAAGUUACCAACCCCAGGAGGCUCGAGACUUCCGAAAAUGUCUCGUCCAAAAGUUGCUCCUCCUUUACCCCCCACCAAACAUUCUACAGAUCUUCAUGAUCCCCUGUAUGACGUUAUUGACAAACCUGAUCAUAAAAAUGAUGUGAAUACUAACAUAUCUGACAAACAUGUGCCAAAUAAUAAUGAUAGUAAUAUUGUUAAACAAAAUGGACCAACUUCAGAUGGAUUAUAUGAGUUGAUUAAACCACCAGAGAAUGGUCCAAACUGUGUAAGCACACCAAAAAAAAAGGAAAAAAUCAAACCACCUGUACCUAAAAGAUUUAUCAAACCAAAGUUAGUGACUGUACCAAAGGCUGAGGUACAAAUGCAAAUAAAGAGACUCUAACCAAAGGUUUAGUUA